AUGGUUGCCUACUCGUCCCGCUCCGUGCAUGCUGCUGCUGCCGAUAUCCUUGGUACCCGGGGAAAACUCCUACAGCUGCGCACUGACAUCUCCCUCGUCUUCUUGAACAACACUAUUCACGACGGCAGCGGCAGCGCCGCCGGCCCCAGCGCUCUGCAGGGUCGCAAACAGACUGCCUGCGGCGACGUUUCCCAAUGUGCUAUGGAUGGCGGCGGCGGCCGACCCUGUGUAAUUGAUCUGCUUAGCCAAAGACCGACAAGUACCUACGUCGCCGAGGGCCAAGGGCAUGAUUACUGGAGUUGCGACUGCGAAGAGGCUGGCGGAUAUAACACCCGUUGCAAGUCGAGCUCCCCUCGACGGCUCAUUGUUGGCAGCCUGCGCUUGUGUCAGUCGGCCCAUCUCACUCUAUGGUCUCGCAUAUCUUGUACACUGCACAUACCAUUCUUUUACUUUUCUUCAGCCAGCGGUAGUCUCUGGACGACUUCACCCCUCGCUAGCUAG